CCCUUUUACGGCUCCACAAACAGGGUAGAGUACAGCACAGGUGCAAUCACACCACUCUGCCCACUGUCACUCUAAGAUGGGUGACUGUGCGCCCCUAUUCUCAAGCGACUGUUCCCCUUCAUCACCACUAUCUCUGCCCGAACCCCAAAAGAAAAGGAAAAUGAUCCUUUACGACGACGACGAAGAAGAGGUAAACCAAGUCUCAUUGCCACUACAAGAAGAAGAUGAGGAAGAAGACGAAGAAGUUGGAGAAAAUGUAAAGCCGAUUGGAGAUAUAAUCAGGGUUUCUUUUAUUGAAGGUUACAGAAGAGACCAUUACUAUGGGUUUCAAGCUAAUGGCGCUUCUUACGAGCUCGAGGAUGUUGUUCUUGUAGUUCCUGAUGAAGUUGGCAUCAACAUGAAGCCUUCUGUGGCUAUGAUCAAGGAUAUCAGUGCAACACAAGAUGGGAUGAUUACCGUGACUGGACAAAGAUUUUACCGACUCGAGGUAGCAGUAAACGAAAAUGGUAAAAAGUGGAAAUCGAGCGAGUCAAGAGAGCUUUUCUAUAGCUUCGAUAAGACUGAGUUCUCGGCUGACUUGGUUUUGCACAAGUGUCGUGUACACUUUAUUCCACCAAACAAGGAGAUCCCGCGUGCUAAAGACCAGCCAGGAUUCAUAGUUCGAAGGGUAUAUGAUUCCAAAUAUAAGGAACUCACUGAGUUGGUGGAUACAGGUUAUGAUGAUUGUAAACGACAUGAAAUCAACUUGCUUGUUGAGAAAACAAUUGUCAAAAUCCCUCAAUUGGCGGUAACAGACAACGCAUCCCAAAAUCGUCAAUGAAUUAAUGAAACUGAAAACUGAUU